ACGCCGCCAAAUGUAUGAGUUUGAAAUCGAGUUGCAGCCGCAUCAUCGCUCGAGACCCCACUAGAAGCUGUGAGCUCCUCCUCCAGUAGAAGAAACUCCAGUUAUUUGUUCAAGGAAAAGCCAUGAAAGCGUUUUGUCUCUCCUCUAUAUUAAGAAAAAACUUUCCUUUUUCCAUGCACAAGUUCCUCUCAUUCUCUUCAUCCUCCAAAUCGGCGAAGUCGGGUAACUUCGUUUUCGACGGAACCGAAGACGGCAGCCCAGUUUACCAUCAUAAGCUUAUGUUCCAGCGCCCGACGACCAUGAAAUGGAACAAACAGCUAUAUAACUCUGUCAACUUUAUUGGCUCAGUCUUAUUUCCUUUGAAGAAGGGUAUUUCUACUAAGACCCUUUCUGUUUACACCGUUCUCGAAGUGAGAUCUUCCCGCGACUCUGAUCGUACAUUCAGGGUUUUAUUGAGGAUGAGGGACAAGAUGGCAGAAAUAUCUCUCCAACAUUUGAGGCCAAAUGAUUUCAUUUAUGUGUCAGGUCAUUUACUUUCUUACACAAAGGUCUUAAGUGGAAAGCCCAAGACCUUUUAUGAGGUAAUUGUGAAGGAACUAAACUACGUUGCACAGAUUGGGCAAUACAAAUCUUGCAAGAAAUUGGAGGAAUCAGAUCCAAAAGAAAAACAACCUCCUCUAUUAAGUGUUUCGGAUUGGGAAAAGAAAAGAAAAGACUGUCUCUACUUGUGGCAAGUUUUCUUUGCUAAUCCAAAUGAAUGGUGGGACAAUAGACAUGGCAAGCUUAAUCCUAAGGCUCCAGAUUUUAAGCAUAAGGAUACUGGUGAGGCCUUGUGGCUUGGUUCAUCUGAUCCUCCUUGGGUUACUAGGCAACUUCAACUGCAUGACUCUAGAAUGAGUGGAACAAGGUAUCAGGACUCAGUUAGUUCAUGGUCCCGUAUGUCUUUCUGGGACUUUACAGAUGAGGAACUGGUCUCUGUGCUUCAGAAGAAGAAAAUAAUACAAGGAUCAUAGGACUGAUGUGGGAAUGGAGAAAAUUGUUUUGCUUGCCACAAGAGAUGGUCUCUUGGAAUUGUUCAUAGUUAAUAGUUGUGUUUGGCAUUUGAUCCCGGUGAUGUAAAGGUUUGAGUUUGAACAUUUCAGCUUGCCUAU